GUCAAGAGAAAGGAGGACAUCUGAUGACCGUGCGCUCCGAAAAAGCGGCCGAUGUUCUCGGUGGGUUGUUGAGCGGCGCUUCUGGAGACUUUUGGCUUGGGCUGAAAUAUCAGUGUUCAGACUCAAACGAUGGGUUGAAGGGAUACAGAUGGGUCACUGGAGACAACACAACCCACUACGUCAACUGGAAAAGCGACUUAACGGUUUGUUCUCCACAAUGUGUUUCAGUGUCACAAAAAGUCCUCAAAUGGACCGAAAGACCAUGCAAUGACCGAAUCGAGGGUUAUUUGUGCGAAUACGACAACCCCGGUUACUGUCCGCCGCUAAGCAUCGAUGCACCAGUCUCAUAUCAAACUCAUUUCGGAUUUACAUCAAAGGAAGAGCUCAAAGAGAUUCCUCAAUUCACCAUUGGGACACUGCAGCCGCUAAGAACGAGACACAUUUGUGUCGAAGGCGCAUGGCUUCAAGCACCGUGGAGUUGUGAAGCUGCUGGUGGUGGAUGUGAUUAUAAGUGCGUUCAGACAGGGCAAAGCUACGCCUGCAUCUGUCAGCCUGGAUUUAAACCCGACAUCAACGGAGUCACGUGCAGCAAGCAGGACGAUGAGCCUUGCGCGCAAGCGGAAUGUGAGCACGAGUGCGCACGACUUGGCGAUGCAUUCGUGUGCACGUGUCGCGCGGGGUUUCAUCUAGGUGCAGAUGGGAAGUCUUGCGAAGGAUGCAAACCCGGCUUUCACAUUGAAGGUGGCGUUUGCGUGGAUGAUAACGAAUGCGUGUUUGCACCGUGCGAGCACUACUGUAACAACACUGAAGGUAGCUAUCACUGUGUGUGCUUUCAGGGAUACAUCCAGUCUGUGGAGGACAUGCACAAAUGUAAUAUGCACUGUGCGGAAAGCAAAUGCCCAGCUAACUGUGAUCGCAACAACAACGCCCAGUGUAACUGCCCUGAUGGUUUCCUACUUGAAGAGCCAUUUUGCGUUGACAUAGAUGAAUGCGAUAGUGGUUACUGUGACCAUGCAUGUGAAAAUUCACCUGGAGGAUUUCAAUGUUCUUGCAAUAAAGGAUUCGUGCUUAUAGGCAAGCUCCAAUGUAGAGAAAACGUCGAGGGUUCCGGCAGCUCGACGCCUUUUGAUAGUUUUAUACCUACGAGCAGAUCUCCAACAGACAAGCCAGUGUCCAUCUCAGCUGGCAGUCUUUUAGGAAUAAUGCUUUGCAUUGUUCUUUGUAUUCUUUUACUGGUCUGCCUCGCUCGCUGCAUAAUGAGACGUCUUAGUAAAAUGCACCGUUAUGAUGUGGACAAAGGCCACCAUGCAAUCUUCGAUUUUCAACAGGUGAUCAUUGAAAAAUACAGCCUACCACAGACAUUCCCAAGCAGAUAUAUAAAAAGAGACACUUAAAGUCGGACGUCACGCAAACUGAAAUGUAAAUAGAACAUAACAGUGAAUAUAUUUGAUUUUGUAUGUAAACACAAAUAUAUUAGGCUUAGACAAUGUCAGAAAAACGGAAUCUUACCUU